AUGAAAACUUUCAAUCAUAGUGUUCAUAAGGAAAAUCUUAAAUUUUCCGAUCGCAAAAGAAGCACAUCACAAGCAAAAGAUAUUAAAAUAUCGAAACAAUUUAAAGGAGAACGGAAGUUAAAAAUGAAGAAAUUUAUUGCAAUUGGAUUAGGACUUACGGGAUUAGCCUAUUUGAGCUAUCAAUUGUACAAUUUGUGGAAGCAAUCGGAAGAACAAGAUGAAAUGGAUGAAUUUAUCAAAAUCAUCAAAGAUUGGAAAGUGAAUCAAAAACUAUUCAACAAGCGGAAAAACUUUCCAAGCAACGGUUUCGAAUUGGAUCUAUGGCAGCCAUUAGCUGAAGAAGAUGAAGAAAUUGAAGAGGAAUUGGAAGUGGAAGUAGAAGAGGAAAACAACAUGAUGAACUUCGAUGAGGAAGUGAAUUAUCAUCUUUACCGGAAUCGUCGGUUUAAAGAUUUGGUGGAGGGUUUAUUAUGUGAGUAUGUUUUAGGAUUGGGUUUGACCAAUCCUAAAACCCCCCUCACCAAUUUUUUUCAAGGAAUUCAAGAAAAUAUUUCUCAAAAAAUUAAUAGAAAAAUCGAAACAAUUUAUAAAAAUCAAUAA